AUGCCCGGCACCGGACUGCAGCCACAACUAGGCAAUCGGGGCAACAAAACAUAUCCCACUCGACACGAGGCCGCAAACAAGCCACACCCGACCCAAAAUGGCAGGCCCACCUACAUGCAAGCUCCGGGCCAGCAUAGGUACAUGCACCCCCUCAUAGGCAAACAACUGAAACCACCAGGGCCAGCCAGGCCAUCAAGCAGACCCCUCGAUGCACCACCCCGCCCACCACCGUCCCCAAGGGAAAGAGGCCGACCCAGCAAGCUGAUGGGCACCACAGACAGGCCACAGCAUGCGCAGCAAACAGGCUGCACUCCCCCCGAGAUGCAGAACCACCAACAUCCAGGCCAGCCAAGCAAAAACAACAGAGCCAAGCCAAGCUGCAGUUCCCCCCCAAGCCAAUGCCACAGCAACACCACACAUCCUUCCGUACAUCGACCCUCCGCCUACCAGCAGAAUGCACUCCUUGAAGGAGAGAGCACCUGCAAUGAGAUGGUACCUACACAUCAGUUUAGAAGGCCCCUAAGCCCAGUAAUGCACCGAAGGCCCCCGAGCCAGGGCCAGGUGCCAGAGCAUGCACGGGCCCAAACCCUGGUGACAUCCCGCCAGGACGCAAGCCCCCAAGGCCCAGCCAGGACCCCAGCUUGGGGACGACACACCCCAGGAACCCAAAGCCCCCAAGCCCACCCCAGACAUGCACAGGAGCAGCACGCCCACCAGGCCAGUAACCUAUGUCCGCUGACACAGGCUCCCCAAAAGCAUCGCAUUCAACCACCAGAUGUCGCCCCCGAGAGCCACCAAAGCCCCACCCCGGUUGGGCCCACACCCCUCGGCGCCAGACCCCCCAGCGACCCCAGCCCAUGGAUACCCCAAAUGCCCCAAACCCAGACACUCCCCCCGCAUCUGCCACAACACCCCACAGGAUGA